AUGAUCAGAAGACAGGACGGAGCGAAUACGACUGAUACCAGUAACGGGAGUAGCUCCACCGCGGGUGUUCCUACUUGUGUCAUCACUUGUAUGGCGCAAGCUCCUACGACAGGAUGUUCAGGUGCAGACGACUGGACCUGUCUCUGUGCCUCUUCAGAUUUCAUAAAUUCAGUCGGAGCAUGCUGGACUUCCUCAUGUUCCUCUGCGGAUGCUGCAUACGGUCAAGCGUAUGCCAAUCAAGCUUGUGCUUUCUAUGGUGUCCCAAUCGGAGGUAACAGUACUUCCUCGACUACCACUUCUGAAAGCGAACCCUCCGGCACAGCUGUCUUAUCGGAACCCCAAACUACCUCUCACUCGUUUGUCAAAGUCCAAGCUGCUAUGAGCUCUAUCAGCUCUCUCUUACUUGCCAUCGCUAUCAUCUUGGGUAUCUUAUCCUGCAGAGCAAGAUACAAGAGGGAACAAGCCGCUUCGCAGAAUCGAACAUGGAACGGAGUCACUGGAUUGACAACGAUGGACUCCAAAGCACCUACUAAAUCCAAGACUUCUAGAUUUUUCAACAAAUCAACCCAUUCUAGUGCUUUUGAAAAUUCUAGAAAUGGAGCCAGCACCUUCCAAUCUGAUAACUUUGGUAUCACCUCUUCCAACUUCGGUGGCAAUAACACUCUGAACAAUACACAAUCUUUCGGUGUUUCCCCCUCAGGAAGACUAGAUAGCGGUGGCGCGACCAACAACAAUGGACGAUUUACGAAUCGACUGACGUUAGGUGAAAUGAAUAGUAAAUCUGAAGAAUGGGAAUUGAAUGAUGUAAAGAAAGAAGAGUCAAGUAUAGAUGGUUUUAAUGAUAUCUCACCAACAUCAUUUGAAAGUAAGAUGGAAUCUGAGAUGGAAUCGAGACUGACAGAUCAAGAAAAUAGUGGAAUUGAUAGUACGGUAGCAUUGAAUGUUUUACCUAAAGAAGGUAAAGGUAGAACUCAUGCUGUUUAA